AUGGUGCGCCCCUUCUCCGCCCGCGUGGCGCAGGCCGUCCGCCCUCGCCGCGCGCCCCAGUCCGCCCCUCGUUUCCGCCAGCAGCGCUACGCGUCUUCCGCUCCAAGCACCGAGGAGAUGCAGAAAAAGGCCCAGGAGACCCUCGCCGCCGCCCAGAAGGGUCUUGGUCAGGCGCUUGAGUCGGGCAAGAAGGUCCUGGGCCCUUUGGGCGAGAGGGCAGGCUCCAUGCUCGGAUCCUACCGCGAGCCGGUGAUGUACAACUUCGCCGUCUUUCGCGAGGUCCUCAAGCAUAUCUACGUGGCGGAGCGUCUGCAGUUCCCCGGCAUCGCCCAGUUCCAGUCGGUGUACUCCCAGCUCUUCGCGCAGGCCCGGUCCAUGGAGUUCUGGCGGGGGUUGGUACGGUCAGGUGACCUGACCAAAGUUGGCAUCUACGCGCUCGAGGCGUAUGGUAUCUUCAAGAUUGGGGAGAUCAUCGGCCGUAGAAGUCUGAUCGGGUACAACGUGCAAUAG